AAGGCUGAUUAAAAGGGAGGAAAGGGUGAGGAGUAUGUGCUAGCUUAUAUGUGCAUCUGGGAUGCGUGAGAUUCUUCCCUCCCUCCACAUUCGAGUUUUUCUGUUCUCCUUGGAGCCUACUGUGCAACAGUGGGAGGAGAAGGCAAUGGCAGGCUCUGCAGUGGCAAGGGUCAAGUGAAGGCCAUAACAUAAUUAUGCAUUUGCAUCUUAAUUUUUUAUUUUCUGUUGGAAUGUAGUGCUUGUUCUCAGUUUUAUCACAUGGAAGGUUCAGUAUUAAAGAUGCUUAUUUGGGUUGUUUUGGAAAGCGACAAAUGAAAUUCCUUGUUUUAAUCACCUUGUGUUAUGGUGAAAGUACAGAUAUAGGGUGCAUUUCAAUGAGCUUGUUUAUUAUUGUUUACAAUUAAAUGAGGUGGUAUGAAUGGUAUUCUAUUCUCGUGUUGUUGUGGUGGGUUCUUAUGUAAGCGUAAGCCAAUGUGCUUUUAGUAUUGAAGCAAAUUAGCCUUUGGAAUUUAGCAUUUCCCCACUGUUCCAAAUUGGUGCUGGAUGCAGAUGGAAAAAGAUGCUUACCAAAUUGUGAAGUGGCAAUAUUCUCACCUAGGGUUCAUAGGGUUUCAAUGUGUUGUGCCUGUUCAGGCACAGUCUGAUAGUAGGAACAUCGUGAAAUUCUUGCCUUUUGUGGAUGAAUUUCCACAUAGUUUACUGCAUCGGAAGAAGUAGUGGCUUGGUUGCAAGGACAGGAUAGAAGUCAAUAAAGUUCCUUUUGGGAUUUCCUCUAAUUUCCAGUAAUGGAACACUGUUAAAUAUAUUUCAGUUGCUUCUCAGUCUGUUCAUCCUCUGCUUUCAUACACACAACUUGCUUGGAGCAGGAAUGAAUGUCUACUACUUUCAGGAAAACCUGGAAUAAAGCAGAUUUUCAGGCUGAGGAGCUAGAGCUGGCAUAAGGACUCUGAUGGCUUUCCUUUCCAGCACAGCAUGCUAGUAGCUGCACUAGAUCUUUACAUCUGCUAGAAGCAGCACAGCCCUUUGGUAUUCCAGAGGCAGGUCUGAUCGGAGCGAAUUGGCUGUCCAGAUUUGGGAGAGCGAGAGCCCCAAGUGAGUGAGCACCACGGGGGAAGCUUGGCUGAUUCCAAAGGGUAACCAGGACGCCACGGCUCCGCCUGACGCAAUGGCCCAGCCCUACCCCCCAGCCACGUACCCACCGCCCCCGCAGAAUGGCAUCCCUGCAGAGUAUGCUCCUCCGCCACACCCACACCCAGCACAGGACUACUCAGGGCAGAGCACAGUACCUGAGCAUGCCUUGACUCUCUAUACGCCAGCACAGAGCCACAGUGAACAGCCGGGCACUGAUGCCAGCACGCAAUCCAUAGCGGGCACACAAACAGUACCGCAGACAGAUGAAGCGGCACAGACAGACAGCCAGACGCUACACCCGCCAGAGAGCGGCUCCGACAAGCAACAGCCCAAACGGUUACACGUGUCCAACAUCCCCUUCCGCUUCCGGGAUCCUGACUUGCGGCAAAUGUUUGGGCAAUUUGGAAAAAUCCUGGAUGUUGAGAUCAUUUUCAAUGAGCGUGGCUCCAAGGGUUUUGGGUUUGUAACUUUUGAAACUAGUGCAGAUGCCGAUCGGGCACGGGAGAAGCUGAAUGGCACCAUCGUAGAGGGACGCAAGAUCGAGGUCAACAAUGCGACAGCACGGGUAAUGACAAACAAGAAGGUGGCCAAUCCCUACACAAAUGGCUGGAAACUGAACCCUGUGGUGGGCACCGUCUAUGGCCCUGAGUUCUAUGCAGUAACAGGUUUCCCUUACCCAGCCACUGGAACAGCAGUAGCGUACCGAGGGGCACACUUACGGGGGCGGGGGCGUACAGUCUACAACACGUUCCGGGCAGCUCCCCCACCUCCACCCAUCCCCACUUAUGGAGCAGUGGUUUACCAGGACGGGUUCUACGGUGCUGAAAUUUAUGGGGGUUAUGCAGCCUACAGAUAUGCCCAGCCUGCAGCAGCAGCAGCAGCAGCUUACAGUGACAGGGUUGGCAACUCUGCGAUCCCCCAGUUUCUAACGCUGCCCCCUGUGUUCGCUCCUAGUUACGGCAGAGUUUAUGCAGCUGCAGAUCCUUACCACCACACCAUUGGCCCUGCUGCCACUUACAGCAUCGGCACUAUGGCUAGUCUAUACCGAGGAGGGUACAGCCGCUUCACUCCCUACUAGCAAGACAGACCCAGCCCCUCCUCACAGUAGUAACACUGACUGCUCCUUAGAAACCAAACCAAAAUCAAAUGGACAUGGGCCCCUGCCCUGUGCUGCUGGCCCUCGGCAGCCUAAACCACAUAUUUCUUUACCUCAAGCCGCCUCUCACGCCUCACAUCCCACCUGUCUCUGAUGGUGUACAGCCAAGUGUGUUUCCUUUUGCCCAGCAACCAGCCAGGGGGUUGGGACAGGUGCCUGCUUUCACCAGACAAAACCACCAGCAAGCAGAACCUCAAGGAAAGACUCCAGCCUCCCCAGAGCCCGCCCCGCUCCCGGGCUUUCCCAUCACUCCCAGUCCUAGGAGUCCCUGGAACUCAAGAUAGACCCACUAAGGCAUAGGCUACAUUGUUGCACUGGUGUUGAGGUCUCACACAUCUAAGGGAGAGGACAUAAUUAAAAGAACUCAGGAUUUUAUCCCUCUCUGAUGGAAAUUGCCCAUUCCAUUCUCCUCCCUCACACUCAUUUAGGAGUAGCAGAGUUGCUAGAGCUAGAUGGGUCCAAGGCAGCUCCAGAAUACUAAGAUACACAGGCUCUGACCCUUCCCUUAUUAUCCUGCUUUAGUGUGCUCAGUUUCCAAGUAACUGCAGAGAGGAUCUUGCUUCUUUCAUCUUUCCAAGCUCCUCCCUCCCCAAUAGUGCUAUCUUGGGGAGGGAUGGGGUGGGGUUGAACCACCAAGCUGACCUUGGUAGGGGCUGGAGAGCAUCCUGGAUCCCCUGGGAUUGCUGAGAAUGUACGGUGGGUGGGGCCGAAGAGAGGCCCUACAGGGUCGUCUCUCUACAGGUAGCAAGUAGUCUGAUCAUCUUAUGAAGGAGCUGGUUGGGAACAGCCCUAGGUGGGCUGAAUGAUCCCAGCUCCUUCUGUCAGGACCAAGAUGUAGGAGCGGGGGACUUCCCCCUCAUGGACUUAUGGAGCAAGACUGGCAGAGGGAUCCCUGCAGAAGGGACAUCGAUGGGGAGGGCACGUGUGCCGAGACAGGCCAUGGUGAAGAGUUUGGGGAACAAGGAUUCUGGGGAACAAGGGCUAGUGCCCCCGUUUUCCUGUUCGGCCAUUUUAGACCAGGACGCACCAGAGAGCACAAAGCCUUUCCCCGAUGCCUGCUUCACCACUCUCCCCCCCCCACCCUAUCCGCCCCCCCACAGGCGACUGCCUGCAGGUUGCUCCAUGGAACGUUCUGCCUUUGUUUUCUG